UUGCGAAUCGGUUGAGUAAAUUGAAGACUCGCUUAGAACACAGAAAAAGACACACAGUGAAUGAUCGCCACCUACUGGAGUAAUGAUGCUAUUUACAAAAUAAGCGAACAAAUCUUUUAACUGAUUCGAAAGAUUCGAGUCACUAGGUUGAAUCAAAAUUCCCAUCAGUGACCACACGGUGUUUCCACGUUGCAAAGCAGCAGGACGCGUGCAACGGAACGUUUCUGGAUUCAAACGCGAUCGACUGCCCUGCGUCAGACCGACCGAUCUGAUGAUCCAUUGAACUCAAGGCAUCGCCAGUGGGAGGUCCUACUAACGGAACACCGAGCGGGACAGGGUGGUUUAAGGAGUAAUACAUGUAAUGGAAUUUACUCUCUGGAAAAGUUGUACAGCUGGUUAUGGAAAAAUGGUGGUGAAUGUGAAGACUGGAGAUGAGAAGCACAAUCUCAGUGAGCUGCUGGACUGGCUCAAUGAAAUACUGCAUUCCACUUUCAGCCAGGUGGAGCACACAUGUUCAGGUGCCGCUUUUUGUCAGUUGAUGGACAUCAUUCGGCCUGGAUCUAUCGACAUAAAUAAAGUGAAGUUCACAGCAAAAGAGAAUGCAGACAUCUUGGAUAAUUACAGUCUUCUACAGGAAGCUUUCAGCAAGGCACAGAUCAAGAAAGAACUAGAGGUGAAAUCGUUAAAGAAUGGAGACAUCCUGAAAACAUUAGAUUUACUUACAUGGUUCAAAGAUCUUUAUGAUCAAAAUGUUGCAAAGGAGAAGUAUAACCCUCAGGAGGGUUUUGUUGUACAGGAAGUUGUGUCAUUGAAAUCAAGCAGAGAAUUUAACAUCUCUAAAAAGGAAGAACCAUCUUCAAGACUCUACAGUCCUGUGCAAACAAACUGUCUAAACCAGAAAAUGCUAAAUAUUAAGAGGGGAUCACAUGAGUCUUUUUUCCGGACUCCGGCCACAAUGUGUUUCAUCAGAAAGUAUGGCUUACCUGAUGCUGGAUCAAACUGUGCCAAUAGCAAGGACAGUGUACUAUUAGGCCUAAAAUGUCCUGAAGAAAAUUCAGACUUCUGCAGUAAGACUCCAUACUGCCUUUAUUUAUUCCAUGGAGUGGAGCUUGAAGAUGAGAACAAGGCCAGUGUACCGCUAUUGGGAUUUUUUGACAAAGUUACUGGGGAAAACAAAUUCCGACUGCUUGAUGUUCUUCAUCCAGAGAAAGAAACUGCUGAUGCCAUCUGUACCUGCAUAGUGGAGAUGCUGAAGAAGUUCAGGAUACCUCUAAUAAACAUGGCAAUAUUUUAUUCAAAUUUCCCAGAUCAUGAAGGUCUUCUCUCAGGUCUAAAGUUGCUGAAACCUGAGAUUGUGUCUUUAUGUGGACUAACAGAUAUGGCAGGAGAAGUGUGUCACAGCGGUGUUGAGAAAAUGGAGAUUUCUGGCCUGAUUCUAAAUCUCAUCACCGAGAUCUACAAGCACUUUCCAGCUUUCCCAGCUGCUCUACAAACUUUGCUUGAAGAUGUUGAUUGUUCGAACUUCAGAAAUGCCCUGACGUCCCAAUGCUCUCUAUUCUGGAGAAUCAUCCAGAAAAUGACUUUAGCUUGGUCAGACCUUGAGAAAUACUUUGGAUCUCUGGAUGCAGAUGAAAAUGCAAUCUGUCGUCUUCUUAGUGACCCCAAAAUAAGACUCGGCGUACUCUUUCUUAGCCACGCUUUGCAACCGCUUUACGAUUUUCAGCAGAAUAUUGACCGAGGUGUCAGCGUGACACAGCUGCUUCAAGAUGCUUCUCAAUUAGUGAGAUUCUACACAGCAAGUUUUCUCAGACCCAAAGCAGCCGAGUAUUUUCUUAGAAGAGGCAAGACCUCGCUUAUACAGGAAACAGUGGGACAUUUACCAAGAGGAGAUGUUGAAGUCGGCAAACAGGCUGCUGACUUUAUCCUGCAAUGCUCUGAAGAGUUGACAGACUACUUGGAGACGUUCCACAGUUCCAUCAUCUCCUUCUACACAACUGUAACUGUUAAUAUUAUUCAACGUUUACCCUUCUCAGAUUCCAUUCUGAGAAACUUGUCAUUGGUGUUGAGUCCAGGAAAAAAGCUUGAGGUGACUGGCAAAAUAGUCCAAGAUUUAGGUGUCUGUUUUGGAGUUUGCUCGAGCCCUGAGAAUGUCAGCUUACUCACAGAUGAGUUUUUGGAGUACCAGUUCAUUGAUGGAGGUGAUGUACAUCUAGCCAACCAGUCAAUGGAGAAGUACUGGAUGACAGAACUGAGGAUUAUGGGAAGGACAUCUAGUUUUGGGAAAUUAAUCGUUAGCUUGUUGGCUUUGCCCAGAACGUUGAAAAAAGAGAUCAUUUUUGAACAGAUGUUUCAACAAAAUGACUAUCUCAAGGAGAGGAAAAUAGAGGAGUUGGUGGAGAAGGACAUGGCUGAGGAUGAUGUUACAGACAGCAGUUCAUAUAAAAGUGCUCCAUCACAUCUCAGCCCAGAGACUCAAGGGAGCGCCAUGUCCGAUAUCAUUGACUUAACGGAAAUGGAUGACAUGGCACCAAUAGUCGUGGAGGACAUUGAACCAAUGGAAGUGGAUGAUAUUGUGCAAAUCUCUUCUGAAUCAGACACAGAAAGCCAAAAUAACACAGAAGGGGAUUAUCCAUAUGUGUCUGUGAUCUUAGAUGACGAUGAUGAUGAUGAUGAUGAAAUCACUGAUGAUGAUGACGAUUACAACUGUGAUGCUGUUACAUGUAAUUAUACGAAAAGAAAAGAAAAUACAUCUUCUACAGAAAACAACGAGAAAAACGAAAUCCAGGAUGGUUACACAGUGGGUGAGAUGGUUUGGGGGCCGAUUGAGGGCUUUGGUCUUUGGCCUGGACUGGUUCAAAGCUGGGACAGCAAGAGCCCUUGUGGCUCCAUGCGUAAAGUGAUUUUCUUUGGGAACAGGAUGAUAUCAGAGGUCCAAGCAGACAAUCUCCUGCCCUUUUUUUCAUUUGCCAAGUGCUUCUGUUCUAAUUCCUUCGCUACAGUAAUGGCGUACAAAGAUGCAAUUUUUAGUUCUCUGCAGGUGGCCUCUAGACGAAGUCGAAUGUUUUUUUCUCCCGAGACCGAGUCUAAGGAUGAACUGUUUAGAAUCAUGUUGGACUGGGCCUUUGGAGGCUUUGAACCACUGGGUCCAGAAGGACUUCAAACUCGAUCAGAAUGCAAUGUGAAUAGGAACAUGAGAAAGCACAAGGACUCUACAGGAAAGUUAUUUGAAUUAACUGUGUCUCUCAGUAAACUCCCUGAAUCCCUGGAGCUAACCAGUGGCUCAAUAGACCUUGGGACAACCGAUGUUUAUAGAAAACACAUGCAUUCAAAAUGGAAUCAGAGAUCUUGGCAGACUGUGAAGAUACGUAGAAAACACAAACCUGCACAGAGGAAUAAGCAUCAAAAUAUUACCCCAAGCGUACAUAUCGAGUCCAGACAGAACAGCCAAAAAAGACAUCAAAUGGUGCAUGAAUUUCUGGAAAACAAGAGAAACAUUGAAGAGUUCUGCUUAUCAUGUGGAAGUACGCCUGCCGAAAUCAACCACCCACUUUUCGAAGGAAAGCUGUGCUCGAACUGCAAGUAUAAUUUCGCGGAGACGCUGUACAGAUAUGAUGAAGAUGGUUAUCAGUCGUACUGCACCGUCUGCUGUUCUGGCAUGGAGGUCAUUCUGUGUGGCCAUGACAACUGUUGUCGCUCCUACUGUGUGGACUGUCUGGAUAUCCUGGUGGGUGAGGGCACAUUUGACCGGCUGAAAAAUGUGGACCCGUGGACGUGUUACCUGUGUGCACCUGAGAGCAGCUCUCGAGCUUUGAAGCCCAGGAAUGACUGGAGCAUCCAAGUUCAGGAAUUCUUUGCCAACAACAGCGCUAUGGAGUUUGAGCCCCAUCGUGUUUAUCCAUCAAUCCCUGCUAACCAGCGACGUCCAAUCAGAGUGCUUUCUUUAUUUGAUGGUAUAGCCACAGGAUAUCUUGUCUUAAGGGAUCUUGGCUUUAAAGUGGAAAAAUAUGUGGCCUCAGAAGUUGAUGAAGAGUCCAUUACCGUUUCCAUGGUCAACCAUGAUGGAAAAAUCACUCAUGUGGAUGAUGUUAAAAACAUUACGAAAAAGCAUAUUGACAAAUGGGGUCCGUUUGAUCUUCUCAUUGGUGGAAGUCCUUGUAACGACUUGUCCAUAGUCAAUCCUGCCCGGAAAGGCUUGUUUGAGGGCACAGGACGGCUCUUUUUUGAAUUUUAUCGGCUUCUGAAUGUUAUGAAGCCAAAGGAGGAUGACCCACAGCCGUUCUUCUGGCUGUUUGAGAACGUGGUGUUCAUGGAAACCCAGGUUAAAGCUGACAUUUGCCGCUUUCUGGAAUGUAACCCUGUGCUUGUUGAUGCUGUGAAAGUGAGUCCAGCUCACAGAGCAAGAUACUUCUGGGGGAACAUACCUGGCAUGAACAGACCAAUCAUAGCAUCUCAGAAAGAUAAACUGAGUCUUCAGGAAUGUCUGGAGCCUGGCCGCUCUGCAAAGUAUGAAAAAGUUCGCACCAUCACCACAAAACCAAACUCACUGAAGCAGGGCACCAAAGACGCACAUUUCCCCAUCACCAUGAAUGGAAAAGAUGACAACAUAUGGAUCACAGAAAUGGAGAAAAUAUUUGGAUUUCCAAAGCAUUACACGGAUGUGAAAAAUUUGGGGCGUUUGCAGAGGCAGAGAGUGCUGGGGAAGUCCUGGAGCGUCCCAGUCAUAAGACAUCUUCUAGCACCACUGAAGGAUUACUUUGCUUGUGACGAGGUCCCCUUGAAAUGAAAAGACACAAUCUUUUUCUGUCAGUGUGAAUAGACUCAUGAGAAUUUGUUGCUUUUAAUCGUUUUACCCGUAUUUUUUAACUAAAUAUGACUAACUUGUUUGGAAUAAUGUAUGCUGGGAAACUAAAGAAGGUUGAAUCCAUUUUAUUGAAUGUUGCAUCAAAUCAUGUCACUUUAAAAAAAAAGUAAUUUUCUUAAUUUGCAGUCAUGUUUAACUACAAAUGUAGUAAAAAAUUUGAUGUUGGAUUUAGCAAAGUUAAUAAACAUGAUGAGCAGAAUAAA